AUUUUUGCGUUUUUCAUUACAAUUUGAGGUAUAUUGGAUAAAAAGUAAGUACUUUUAUUUUUAGUUCACAGCAGCGUUUCCGUUCUUCUGCGGUGUUCUUUGCUAUUAAUUUGACAUGUCAAUAGAAUUGAAUUUAGUCAGUUUGUUUUGCUUUUGUUCGUUUGUGGCUGUUGCCCGUUAAGCUAUUUUGCAAAUAAACCGACAAUAGCUCUAUAACAAGUGUUUUGUGAUGCAUAUUUUGUGUCUUAGGAAAAUAGCAGUUUUGAAUCAAAUAAUCGUACAAGAUAAAUAAACAAUACCUUUAAAAUAUAUAAAGCAAAAUAUUAUUGCGACUCAAGUUCACAGACAAAUAUAAGAAUUUGAAUUAAAUUUAGAUAUGACAACAAAAACGGUUCGUCAGCAAAGUCAACAGCAACAAUUGAAUGCGGAAAAUGGUCUCUAUCCUCAGGUGCCAAUUGAACGACAUACACAACGCCCUCCGACCUGUCGGCAGGACACUAUUGAUAUGGAGCAGAUACCGCUAAAUCGAACGCUUUCACAACAAGAUUCCGAGGAAAAGCGCAAAAUUCGUUCAAUUUUCGACAGCCAUGAUUCUGAUAGUGAUGGUUUUAUUAACAUACACGAACUUAAAGGCCUGAUUGAAGCCGGUUUUUGCCGAGAUAUACCGCAAUAUAUUGCAGUUCAGAUUUUAAAAAAAUCUGAUGACGACAACAAUGGACAAUUGGAUUUUGAGGAGUUUUAUCGUAUGUCACUACAACAUAAGUGGAUAUUUCGAAAUGUACUAGCUCGUUACUGCCGUUUGGUGGUUCCUCCACCAAAGCCAUUAGAAGGCGAUGAACCUGAUGGAGCGUACGAGAAGCAAAUGUCAAUAUGCCCACCACCAUUGACUAUGGUUAUAUUUUCUUUAGUAGAAAUUAUUAUGUUUUUAAUUGAUGUCAUACAUUUUCAGGAUGAUCCUACCAACAACAAAAAUAUUGGAGAAAGUACAAAUGGUCCUGCUGCAACGCUCUUCAUUUAUAAUCCGUAUAAACGUUUCGAGGCUUGGCGUUUUGUCAGUUACAUGUUUGUCCAUGUGGGAAUUAUGCAUCUUUUUAUGAAUUUAGUGAUACAAAUAUUUCUGGGUGUUGCUUUGGAGCUAGUACAUCAUUGGUGGCGGGUUGCGUUAGUUUAUUUAGCGGGUGUGGCAGCAGGUUCGAUGGGUACAUCGUUAACGAGUCCGCGAAUAUUUUUGGCUGGUGCAUCCGGUGGAGUUUAUGCAUUAAUAACCGCUCACAUCGCUACAAUUAUUAUGAAUUGGAAAGAAAUGGAGUAUGCUAUUGUGCAACUAUUUGUGUUUUUAAUUUUUUGUUUUACUGAUUUGGGCACAUCUAUUUAUCGUCAUAUAACGGACCAACAUGACCAAAUCGGUUAUAUGGCUCAUUUAUCUGGUGCUGUUGCAGGCUUACUUGUUGGAAUAGGUGUAUUGCGUAAUCUGGAAGUACGUCGUUGGGAGCGUAUUGUAUGGUGGAUUGCUGUAAUUUUUUAUUUUGCUCUUAUGAUGACUGGUAUUUUGAUACACAUUCUUGUACCAGACUAUUUCCCCAAACAAGAGUAUAAUUAAGCGCUGUAUUUUUAAUAUAUACAACUACAUUUUUGUAUGGUUAAGUAAGAUUUUUUGACAACGACAUAGUAAAUGAUACUAUUAAAAAUA